AUGACAUACAUAGGAGAAGCUACAUCCUUCAUUGAAAGUGUAGACCCAGACCUCAUGACUUAUACUGAUAUCCAAGAGAUGGCAAAUAAUUUGGGAUAUGGGGAUAUCAAAGAAGUGUUUUAUAAAGUACCAUUCUUAAAUGGUAAUCAUUGCUUCAGAGAGGUCAGAUGUGAUUUAGAUGUUCUAAGGAUGUUUUAUGACUAUGAAGCUCAAAGGGAAGGCAACCUGGUCAAGUUAUACAUUGUUGCACCUAUGUUGAAUCUGCAAGGGAAAGAAAUUUCAAUUUCAACACAUAGUGCAGAAAAUGAGGGCUUAACUUCAACUGAUGAUUAUGCACAAGUUGAAGCAGAUUUUACACAGGUUGAAUUUGAUUAUGCUCCUACUGAUGAGUUGAUAAGUGCAUGUGGAUCAGAUGAUGAUGAGGCUGCAGAUUUCAAACUAGCACUUAGAGAAAUAGCAGUGAAGAAAAGGUUUGAUUUGAAGUUCAAAAGAAAUGAUGGGGAUAGGAUUUCUAUAGUAUGUAAGGGGGGUUGUGGUUGGAAGAUAUUUGCAAGUAAGCUAGACGAUGAGGAUUGCAUAAUAGUGAAGACAUAUGUUCCAGAGCAUAAUAACUACCUUUGGUUUCAUACAAAUGGACAAGCCACAUCUACCUACUUAGCAAAUAAGUAUUUAGAGCAAGUGAGAUUUAAUCCAGGCAUGCCAACAAAUACACUUAAGUGUACUAUUGCAAGUGAGUUGGAUAUUGAUGUGUCAGACUACAAAGUAAGAAGAGCAAAGAGAAAAGCUUUAGAUGUUGUUGAGGGAAAUGAAGUAGUACAAUAUGAAAAGAUAAGGGAGUACGCUCAUUUGAUAUUUACAUCAAACCCAGGCAGUGUAGUUAAAAUUCAAACUGAGCCCACAGCUGAAGAAAAUGUGAGAAAAUUUCAGAGGGUUUUUAUUUGUUAUGCUGCAAUGAGAAAGGGUUUUAAAGAAGGGUGUAGGCCACUGAUUGGUGUAGAUGGUUGUUUCUUAAAGGGACCAUAUGGGGGUCACCUUCUCAGUGUUGUAUCUAUUUAUGGAAAUGAACAAAUGUUCCCAGUUGCCUUUGCUGUGGUUGAGUCUGAGACAAGGGAUUCUUGGAAUUGGUUUAUGUCAGAGCUCAUGGAUGCUGUGGGGCCUUACCAAGAAAUCACAUUCAUAUCUGAUAGACAAAAAGGUCUGGUUGACACUUUUGAGAACAUAAUGGAUGGGUCACACCAUAGAUACUGUGUGAGGCAUCUAUAUGAGAACUUCAAACUCAGGUUCAAAGGGCAACAACUAAAAAAUGAGUUGUGGGAAGCAGCAAGGUCUUUCACAGAAGCUGAUUUUGAUGUACAUAUGAGGAAUAUUAAGGUGUUGAAUGCUGAAGCUUAUGGCUGGCUUCACAAUGUGCCACCUGAAUUAUGGUCAAAAUCAAGAUUCACAUAUCAAUCAAAAAGUGAUAUGGUGAUCAAUAAUAUGUGUGAGAGUUGGAAUGCUAUCAUCCUUCAAGUAAGGGAUAAACCAAUUAUAUACAUGUUGGAGUGGAUCAGAAGACAUUUAAUGUUGAGGUUCCAAAAGAAAAGAGAAUGGAUGGAAUCAAAGGAUGGUUUAUUGUGUCCAGAAAUUCAAAAGAAUUUGAACAAAGUGAAAAGGCAAGCAAGGAUGUGCAAGGUUCUUUAUGCUGGUCAUAACAAGUAUGAUGUUGAAUGCUUUGGCAUUGGCGAGACAGUAGAUCUUGAGAAGAAAACUUGCAGUUGCAAAAUAUGGAAUUUGACUGGUAUACCUUGUAGGCAUGUUGUAGCAUGCAUAUUUUUAAGGAAGGACCUGCCUGAGUCAUAUGUUGAUCCAUAUUAUUAUAGGGAAACAUACUUGAAGGCCUAUUCUGGUUUAAUACAUCCUUUCCCUAUAAGACAGUUGUUGAAAGCACAACCCUCCAACCCAUUGCUUCCACCAACCUUUAGGAAACCCACUAGAAGACCAAAGAAGGCUAGGAACAAGAAAAAUGAUGAGCCCAGUACUUCAACUAAGCUUAGCAGGUCAAAGCAACAGCUGAAAUGUUCAAAGUGCUAG